AACCGGACGUUGUCUGUGCUCAUUCCAUCUGUUUGGCGGCGCUCCUUGUGUGUGAGAAGCGGAUCCCCUUUUUAACUUUCUCCGUCCAGAGCGCUCCAGAGACUCUAAUACCCCGUCAGUAAGAGGUUUACCUGCCCUGAAGCUGAGGUCUGUGUCGGUGGAUUGUACGACUAAACUCCAGUGAUUUUAUUCCCACAAGAGAGACGGAGCGACGGUCCCCUCCGAAGAUCUCCCGCAUCUUGAUGUCACAUUCCUAAAGUUUCUGAAGAACUCAGAAGACCGACCCGACAGCAGACUGCGAGGAUCGUAUCCUUCAUCCCUUUUGUCUGAGGAGGGAUAGAGACCAGAGUGUGUGUGUGUGUUUGGAAGGGAAGAGGACCCGCUGUUUGUUUGGAUAUGGCUUUUCUGUGUAUGAGAGAAAGACACAGGGAGCUGAUCUGAGGUCAAGGCCUUCUUCCUCCUUCUCUCCCCCCCGGAGUCACAUGACAGCGUGAGGCACAGCCCCCGGGGUUGCUAUCGCUACACUGACCGACCUAAAUAUUUCUAUACUUAUUUGAAAAAGCAGCACAGACUGGAUCUCUCAGUUGGGAGGGGAACGUUUUAAUCACCCUGAGAAACUGUCUGCGACCCAAACAUAUAGAGGUGCAGGGACCUCCCCUUUUCUCUUCUCACGUCAACGUGUCAGAAGCAAAAUGCCGGCAAAGACACCAAUGUACUUAAAAACUACAACUCCCAAGAAAGGAAAGAGGCUGAGGCUUCGUGAUGUCCUCUCCGGUGAUAUGAUCAGCCCCCCGCUGGGCGACGUGCGUCACAGCGCCCACGUGGGGCCCGAAGGGGAGGGCGACAUGUUUGGAGACGUGGGUUUCCUGCAGGGUAAGAUGAACAUGCUGCCGACCCAGAGUCGGAUGCAGGAUGGACGCUCGCACAGCGUGGAGAGACGGCUGGAUGACGGCUUCAACGCGAGACAGGACUCGCACAACUACGCCUACAAUGGUUACCACUAUCAGCACUCCUCCACCGGCCUGCUGAAGACCACCAUCUCCAUGCCCGUGUUCAUCGCCCACGAGCAGGCUCCACCAAAACCCCCACGCCUCCACCUGGACGACCCCUCCCCUCCUUCUCUGCCUUCUCAGCAAAACCGCUUCCACCACCAUCAGCAGCCCGCAGACACGAGCCACAAAGAAGCCAACGGCUACAGUCACACAGACAGCCACAGCCGGCUCUUUCAGAACGGUUUGGUGGGACGAUUGGCGUCAGAGCCCUGCCGUGACAUCUCGCUCUCCCCCGCCAUCCGCAGGCUCGUCCCCUCCUCCGGCUCCUUCUCGGAGGCCUCCUCUGAGGACUCCAUGUCAGAAACCUGUGGGCCCCUGGACAGUCGCCGGGGCAUCAGCCUGGACUCUGAUGCCGGCCUGAGCAACGAGGAUCUGAGGAGUGAACGCAGUGACUCUCCCUGCACGGCCUUCCACCCGGCCAGGCUCACAGUCUCAUCCGGGGUGUCGCGGUCAGACUCUUUAAUGGGGUUAGAUCUGGAUCUGGGCCCGUCUAUCAUGGAGGACGUCCUGAGUAUCAUGGACCGCUACAAGACUGAGGACAACCGCUGUGAGCUGUGAAGACUAAUGUGAAGUACAGAUAUUUUUUAUACAUGGUUAAAUAGACUUUGUUCAGACACUAAAGGAGGAGAAAGAAUGGAGCAAUGGAGGGAGACAGAAAUGUAUUUUUCAAGAAGACUUGACUGCUGAGUGAAAGCUCAUUGAAAGAUUUAAAGGGGACAUAUUAUGAAAAACUCACUUUUUCAGCGCUUGUGCUCAUACAUUUGGGUAUCUGUGGUGCUUACCAACCCACAAACUGUGAAAUGAGACAACCCAGUCUCUCAGAAAACAUUCAGAUUUGGAUCCCCUUCCUGUGUCACAUGCAGGUUCACUGAGGGGCUUAAAGAGACAGGCGCUGAAACAGAGUGUUUCAGACGGAGGGUGAAUACAGGUAUAUUCAGACAGGUUGUGAAAAGUAAUGUGUUUUUUUAACAUUAAAGCAUGUAAACAUGUUCUAGGAGAGACCCAAAAAAGUAUGAACAUGAAAAUGAGUAUAAUAUGUCACCUUUGAAGAAGGUGAGACGCAGGUGGACACACGUGUUGGGACGUUGCUGCCCGACAGGACAACAGACACAAGGCACCAGGCUGGUCCUCAGGAGCCUUUCUCAAAGCUGAACCUCAUAAACACUUAAACUGUAAGAUGACAAACUUACAGUACAACUAACUGCAGCUACUAAUAAAUACAACUUAUUAAAAAUGUCUUACAACUUCAGAUGGUCAAAUGACACAUUCCCAGACAUACUGAACUGCAAACACAAAUAGUUUUAUACUGUCCUAAUUCAUCUUGGCUGCCUGAAGUGUUUCAGAAGAAGGAAUAUUAACAUCUUCACUGGUUUACUGUAAUGCUUCAAUGCCCGAUGAAGACUUCAGAUUGUAUUCUGCUUCUGUAAAAGAGGAAGAUGUAGGUCUCUAGUGUUACAUAUGAGAGCGGCAGCGCCAACAUUUCCUUUUUUCUUUUGAUCGAGGGAAACUGAAGAAUCUCAUUCUUGUAGCUAAUAAAAUGCUUUUAAGUGCAAGAAGUGUGCUGCUGCUUUGUAGAUCAUUUUUAAAUAUUGGUCUUUUUACACUCUUCUUCCAUGUUGUGGCUCACUGUCGGCCUCUCUAACAUUCACUGUCUGCAUUAUCACAGUAACCUAUUAUUCAAAUGUCAUUUAUGCUGUAUAUAUAUAUCACUGUAAAUGUAAGAAUAAAUCGUUCCUAUAAAGAAAA